GGGGAAGUCCAGAAGGAGAGAGGAAGAAAGCAGACACUUCAUGAGGCUGUGGAGGGAGUGAUCUGGAUAUGGAGGGGGACAAAUUCUCAGCACUAAAGAGGUCGUUUGAGGUGGAGGAGUCUGACAUCUCCAUCAACCCCUCCCCUCUGUCCCGUAGGACCAACCUCCGCUCCUCCACCUCCAGCCAGCGAAGCUUCCACGAAGCCCGCAACUCUGACAACCCCUCCAGAACCUCGCCUUCUGACUCCAACCCUUGCUCCCCCAAAACCAGCCUGAGACGCAUGGAGCUGUCCGGGGGAGUGGUAGGAGGCCGUGCCCUGGAUACAGCCUCCACCCGCCGGACCGAGAUCUCUAUUGAGGUGUCAUCCAAGCAGAUUGACAGCUCGCCCAGCCCGGGUAUCGCCCGCUUCGGCCUGAAGAGGCCUGAGGCCCAGAGUCUUGGUUCUCGAGCCGGAGCCGUCCCAGAGAGCUCCACCAGCUCCAGCUCGGCACACAGACGGGCAGAGAUCUCACUCUCUCGGCCCCACGAGCCCCCCGGGGCACCCAGGAGGGGGGACUCCCAGCCUCCCUUAGCCACCCGGAUCCCUGACCCCCCUCAGAGGAGGACCGACCCCACCAUGGUCAGCCCUGUGGAGGGCUUUACUUCCAGGAGACCCGAGAUGCCUGUCUUCCGACAGCCAGAGAUGACAGCACCACCUCCGGUCAGGGUGGUGGAGAACAACAGCCACCCCCCAGUGCCCAGUGGCCCCCUGCCCAGCCUGGUGGAGCCCAGGAGCGAGAGGACACAGCCUCCGGUCAGCGAGACGCCCGUCGUCAGACCUAUAGAGAAGGUCACUACCAGCUACAGCAGUAGAGCCAUGUCUGAGGUGGCCGUGUCCGAGAUGAUGAUGCCACCCCAAUAA